CAGAAACAAAAUUGUGUUUUGAGUUGAGUUGUGUGGAACUGGGAACCUGGAACUCCAAAAUUUGUGUCCUGCAAAGUUUGCUUGCUAUAGUAAUUCUUUUUCAAUUGUUUAGUGUUCAGUUCUAGUUUAUUUUUACAAUAAAAUAGCCAUAAAAGAAAAUGUCUCAGAUACGGAAUUCGAACUCUGUAACAGGAGCCGAAAAAACAAGCAUACAUGAUAUGCUAAAAGAUACACCACCCCAUGAAAGCAAAAAUACAAUUCCCACAAAUUCAGCUAUGACAUCCUAUCCACGUAAUACUCUGUCCAAUAGUAGCAGUUCACCCGCUAUUCUAACACCCUCUCCCCCUCAACCAGAGGAUUCUGCAAUUUUCAAAACGUCCUCAAGAAUUGAGAAUUUGAAGAACUGGUCCAUAUCAACCUAUAAAUGCACAAAGCAACUCAUGUUUGAGAAGUUAGGGAAGACGUCUAGAACACAUGAUGCAGAGCUUGAAACUCAAAUUGAGCAACUCAGAGAGACUCAAAAAAAAUACAUAACUAUUCUGCGUCUGGCUAGAGCAUUAACCAGCCAUUUUUAUCAUGUAGUCCAGACACAGCACGCUUUGGGAGAAGCUUUUUCGGAUCUUGCUCAAAAAUCACCAGAACUGCAAGGCGAAUUUCUAUACAAUUCAGAAACGCAACGAAAUCUAACAAAAAAUGGCGAAACUCUUCUAGGUGCUUUAAAUUUUUUUAUAUCAUCUGUGAACACUUUGUGUCACAAGACAAUUGAGGAUACCUUACAAAGUAUUAGACAAUAUGAAGCCUCCAGAAUUGAAUAUGAUGCUUAUCGUACUGAUUUAGAGUCUCUUUCGACUAAACCUGAAGGAACAAUAGGAUUAGAGGAAGCACAGCAGGGUUACGAACUUCAUAGACAGAAUUUCAUGAAACUUCGAGCUGAAGUUACCAUUAAAAUGAAAUUUUUGGAUGAAAACAGGAUUAAAGUGAUGCACAAACAACUAUUAUUAUUUCACAACGCUAUAUCCGCAUAUUUUUCUGGGAAUCAGCAAGCUUUAGAGGCAACACUUAAACAAUUCAACAUAAAGAUAAAAACACCGAACUCGACUUUUCCUUCAUGGUUAGAACAAUAGUCUUAUGAAACUGUUUUUUGAUACCUUUUAAUAUCAGAAUAAGUUUACAAGGAUUUUUUUGGUUUACAAUAAUGAGAAUUGUAGUAAUAUUUAGACACUGCAUUCUUGGGAAAAUUAAUAAAAUGAAUGGUGAGUUUAUGCCUCUGUAUUAUCUGUACUGAUAAAUUUCAAAUUAUGGGUUAGUUUCUCUAUGAACAGUUGAAAUUUGGAAUUUUUUAUUGGUAUGGUAGCUAUAAUUUGCUUGAAGCUGCACUGCGUGUUGAGAAUAUAAUACAUAUUAAAUAGUUCUGUGGUAUUGUCUUGCGGUGUGUCAUAAAAGAUGAUUUAUUACCUAUUUACGUUCCUUAAUUAUUGUGUAAUAUAUGAUAUUAUUGGCUAUUCUAGGUUUUCAAAAAGUUUUAUAAAUGAUAAAAAAAUAAAGUAUAAAAUAUACGAUAUAUUUUGUUUGACAUUCCUUCUUAAAAUUGUCAACUCUAAUUCAACAGUCUAAUAAAAACUCGAAUAAAAGGUACUUGAUGUGCGAACAUAAUGUUCAGUUCUGGUGCUAAGAAUUUCAGAGAUGGCUUUGAAAUCUUUUCCUUAUUUACGGAAUCCCGCAAUCCCCAGCUUGAGUUCCUUGAUGUACCAACGUGGGUUGUCUCUUUCCUUGUCCUUGCACGAUCUCAAAUCAUCAGUCGAAUCUGCAUUUUUUCUUUUCAGGGAUCUGAUGCUCUGUUUGUUUAGCUAAAUCUUUCCAUCAUGGUCUGAUGCUUCAUUGGAAUUGCGUGUUUUACCAUCCUAGUUCCAUCAUCCUUAGGGACAUUUAGUUUUCUUGGAGUUUUCUUGACUGUUUCUCCAUCAGGCUUGUUCUAGUUUUCUCCCAACUGUAAUAAUACUUCACCAAAGUAGGUAUGCUUUCAUCAAGCGCUGGGCAUGUUAUUCUGGUACAAACACCACUUGAACAGAGUCGUUUUGGAUUUGGCCAAUUUUAAACCAAUGCUAAAUUCUGAUGAGGUGUUGCGGAAACGGACGCUUCAUUGGCAUGAGUUCCCAUAGGAUGUGACAAAUGUUGCUGAUAAAACUUUUAUCGGGCGAAAUUUUCCGCAUCCUAUGGAAGCUCUUGCCAUGAAACCGAAACGCUCUUCCAAGCAAUAUCUUAUCCUCAUCUGGAAAUUGUGUCAAAUUGGUCAAAUCCAAAACGGCUCUGUACAAAUCGUGUUUGUGCCAGAAUGAAAUGCCCACUUACUCACCAUUUUGUCCAUAUUUGUCUUUUGUCGAAACAAUACAAUAUUCCAAUUUCGAAUCUGGUGCCUAUUGGGAACCAGCCCUCCACUACCACUCCUAUUUUCAGGGUUUUCGUUUUUCUCGGCUUGAAGGCCAUAUUAUUUCAACAUUUUUUGGACCCAGUUGGUUUCUUUAGGUCCUACUGUAGGUAAACAAAAUAUCUAGAUAAUCGUAUGAAAUAAUCAACGGGCACCAUUGAUGGCCAAAACAAAAUAAUUGCUGAUUAAUUGUCAUCGGAACCGAAAUUGUUGCAUCAUUGAUUUUGAACAUGGCUUCUAGUCAAAAUAUCAGAGCCAGAACCGGAGGAGUUAUUAAUAUAAUUUCUCCUCGGUUUUUCUAGAAGCAGUAGGCGGAUGAAUCCGAUGAGUCUAUUUUUGGAUCUGAAUCUUGCUCUGUUGGUACAUCCUCCAUUAAUGUCUAAACAGGACGGGACCUACAUUUAAUGUAGGUUUCUCAGAGCGCUUCCAAACCACGACCACAGUCAUCAGUGACACCUUUCAGUGCAUCCUUCCCACUGAAGUGUGUGCCUAGGUCCUUACGGAAUAUUAGUCUCCAUCCGGCCUCUAACUGGCGUGAAUGGGAGGAGGAUGAAGAUACAUUUUGCACUCUUCCCUGGGCAACCGCAUUUUUUUUCGUAACACCUUUGUGCUGGCAGUGUUAUUGUGAGCAUUUACCGCAGUUUUUUUAUCAACUUUUCUAAUAUGGAACCUAUAAAAAUAGUCAAAUUUCAACUGCCCAGAAAGAAACUGACCUUUAACCAGCGAUUCGUGUACUGAAGUGAUUUUAUCUCUUUUUUAAAAAUAAACUCUCAGAACAUGUUUGUAAAGUAUCUCAAGAAUACAUAGUAAUAAAAUGUAUACAUUCAUUUAAUCUCAUAUUAUAAGAGAAUCUCAAAUUUGAAUUGAAAUUGUAUUUAUUAAAUUUUUGUUCCAUCCAAAUAGCUAGGAUAUAUUUGUAUGCAUACUUAAUUGCUGUGAUUACCCUUACAAUGUUAAGAGGUUGUGUUAAUGUAAUGCAUACAUACUUGUAGCCUAUUUUAUAGAUGACAAUUCAUUACUGAGCGGAUGGAGUAAAGUAUGUAAUUGUUUUUAGCUAUUUUAUGAGUUUGGAAGUUUGUCGUACCUAUGUAUCUAUUCUAGUCGAGUAUAAUUUUACUAAAGAAUAAUUUUAAGAUUGAAUUAAUAUGUAUACGUUUUUCUUAUUAGGCAGAUUUAUAAAAUCUUUCAUAAGCAGUAUUAUUUCUUUUUUACUUUAGCUGAAACAAAAGAAGUUACUUAACAUUUAAAAAAAAAACCAGCAUAAUUUUAAUUUGGGCUGUCCUUUUAAUUUUUAUAAAAAAUCCGAAACUACUUCUUUAUACAAUUAUUACUUGGUUGUAUUUCUGCAUAAAUUAGUUUAUAUUCUUCAUAUUUUUUGCUAAGAAAGAUUGAACAACAUAGAAUAAGACAUUGCCCCUCUUAAGUGUCCCAUGCCAUUACCUAGAAUCAAUUGGCAACUCUUUAUCAGCUGAGAGAUGUGGAUCUAGAAUACACUCGAAUUCCAUUUUGAAAACGACUACUGAACCCAUUUUGAGAAACCGAAUCAUCCAAAAACUGAUACUUAAUUUAUUUGAAGAUGCUGUCCCUAUCAGAUAAUCAAGAAUUGAAUUAAGAAUCUAAGACACAGCCACGACCAUUUCUCUUAUACAAUUGGGUAAUUAGAACAUAUUUGCUGGCUAAGCAUGCUGAUCAAACUAUUUGAACUAAGUAUAAGUAAUAAAUAAUAAUUAAUUAUUUUGAAUUCGAAUUUAUGAAUACGAUCAUAAAUAGCGCCGUUUUCGAGUCCUCUUACACAUCCACUUCCUGAAGUUGUUUAUGUCAGAUACAUUUUAAAAAAAAAUCUGAUGAAGCAGAUCACGAUUUUAUGAACCAAAUACUCUUCGAAAUUGUUGCCAUAUUUUCUAUAUCCUGGGUGGGACAUUAAGAUGGGACUAUGAAUCCUAAUAUAUGAGAUUUAGAGCCGAUUUAUUCACCCUCUGAUAAACUCUCAGGUAUGCAAUCUGACGGAUAAAAACGCAAUCUGUAAUCCUAUUGGUCGGCCAGUUAUCCGCCGACCAAUAGAAUUAUAGAGUGCGAAAUUGAUCUUGCAGAUAGUUAUCAGCAAGUUUAUCUGAAGAUGAAUAAACCGGGCCUUAAAAUAUUAUAUUUUAACCCCACUGAAAAGUAGUAUUUUUGGUGCAUUCACUUAAAUUUAUUAGGUCUUGAACAAAUCUUUUAGUUUAUUUUUGUUUUGUUCAAUGUUGCUUUUUCUAAUUUCAUUCACCUUCUUCAGUUGACACUUGGUUACGUGAAGCAAUAAGUUAUGAGCGUACACUUAUGAUACUGGGGUCGUAUUUUCGAAUAUUCUCGCAUACGAAAUUUGAUACGAUUUCGAAUGCUUCCCAUUUAAUUUACAUUGCUGUCAGUCAAAUUUCGUGUACGAAAAAUAUGAAUUCGAAAAUACGACCCCUGGUUUCAUACAUGCUGUUCGAGUGAUAACGUUAUCUCUUUGACACUUGUAGUAUAUGUAGUAGAGUUUUUAAUAAAAUAAUAUUCACAUAACCAAGCGUUUGUAUAUGCAUAUAUUUUUCCAGCCCCAAUUUAUAAGCACCUUGAAGAAACUUUUUGUUCAAAGUUUUGUUCAGUUCGAAGUUAAAACUUAGAUUCAUUCAAUUGUUAUAAAUUAUAUGCUUGAAUCAUUAAUAAGUAAACAUUUUAUUAGGUUAAUGCUUUUGCUGCUACAGUAUUUUAUUCUUGUGAAGUGAAAAUUUGGGCAUUUUUGAAAAUACGCUUAUGUUCUAUGUUUUCUGGAGAUCGAAAUUGUAACUUUCUGGCUCAAUUAUUUGGUUGAACGUUAAAAAAUAUACUGCCAAACAUUCCACUGCAUUCUUAUUUACAGUUUUUUUAAAGUUAGAUGUAAAUAAAAACUUUUACAUUCUGAUUAUGAUUAUGAUGCCGAUAAAGUUGUUGUCUUUUUCAAUUCCAAACUGAUUACAGUUUAGUUAGUGAACCAAAUCGAUUUCUUGAAAUGCCUAUUGCAAACACUGUUGACUGUUUUCAAUUGAAAAUAGGGUACUUGCAUGGAAAAUUAAAUUGAUUAUUGUUUAUUGCAAACUGUCCAAAUAGGAUUAUUCCGUAAUUUAUACAAAUAUUAGGUUUUGUAUGCAUAUUUAUACUGAGCAUGUGCGACGUCAUAAAGUAUUAUACCUUAUGACGUCAUAAGCAGAUUUCAAAGCGUUGUAUCUCCGUCAAUUUUUGACUAACACGAAAAAGAAAAAACACGUGUUGACUUAUUUUUCAUUGUCUAACGAAAUCAGCAAUAAAAAAACUGAUGCAAGGGCCCCAUUAACGCAGAUAUUGAGAAUUUUUUCAUAUUAUACUGAGAGGCCAGCUAAAACAAUUUAGGAACAAAGUCUUGCCAGUAAAUUGGAUUUUUCACAUACAGACAAAAAAUCAAACGAUUGCUAGAGAGUAGAGAGACCGUUUUUAUUCUACCUCCUGGGGGAAUAUUUCUGUUAUCCUAUCCAGCAUGUAAUAUGAAUGGAGUACAAUUUUAUGAGUAGUCUUUUCGACCGAUUGCAAAUAAAUAUAUCUCAGACACUGACGGAAUUGUCAUUUGUGUUUAAUGGAAUGGACUCAAAUUUUCACACUAAGCGUAUUGUAAUUAUGCAGAAAUAUCAUAGUAAAACUGCUCCUCAACAGAAUUUUAUUGGUUUGCGAGUUUUGAGAGCUUCAACAAUUGAUUUUUUUUGAGACUCAAUCAAUCAAUUCACGAAAACAUAAUCAUAAAUGAUUUCACUUACAAUGGCUCAUUCUAGAUCAUGCUGGAAGAGAACUGUAUUUUUUUUUUGUGAUUGCUCUGAAUGUUUUAUAUAGACACUAAAAUAAAUCAACUCUUGUGUAGAAGCUUUCAAAAACUGAGUGAUAGAUAGCUCUUGAUGCCAGAAAAUCAAUAAAAUUCUCAAUAAUUACUUUACCGUUAUAUACGGCGACAUAUGUAGAAAAAUGUACCCUAUCUGUUUUAAGUUGGAUGCUUUAAUUUUAUGUUACUGCCAUAUAUUAUUAGUGUAACUAGGUAUAAUGAAAUUAUACAUAAUUAUUUUCAAUAAGUAUGUCCUUAUUUAUUUUUUUUUAAGGCACACUUCAUAUUCCAUGUAUGUAUUUGUAUUUUUGUUACUUCUAGUUCUUAACAAAUAUUUUUACUUCGAAAUAAUAUAACUUUUUGGUUUGAUUUUCUGUUUUUUUUUUUUAUGUAACCUCCACAAUUUUGAAUGAGGAAAGUUUUCUACUAAUAUUGUUCAUAAUAAUAUUUAU